CUUUCUCUCGAUCUCUCUCUCUCCUCGGGCGACGAACCCCCUCGCCACGGGGAAAGGAAAGGGAAAAGAGGUUUUGGGGUUCCCACCUCUCUCUCUCUCUCUCUCUCUCUCUCUCUCUCUCUCGCUCUCGCCGUAGCUUAGAGAGAAGGUGACGCAGGGAGGAGGGCGAAGCGCGGCGACAUGGACGACUACGCGAGGGAGAUGAUGGAGCUCAAGACCCUCGUCACACGCACCCUCGAGAAGAAGGGCGUACUCGCUAAGAUUAGGGCUGAGCUUAGGGCAAGCGUGUUUGAGGCCAUUGAAGAAGAGGAUCGAAAUCUUGAAAACGAAGAAGGCGUGAAUCCUGCAUUACUUGGUAGUUGCAAUGAUCGAGCAAAGCAGUUGCAUGCCUCUCCUUCAGGAAGACUAUUGGAAGCACUGAUCUGUGAGUACUUGGAAUGGGCCCAACUAGGUCACACGUUAAAAGUUUAUUUGCCCGAGUGUAACUUGCCAAAGGACUUCUGGAAGGCUGAAUUGAGGGAUUUUAAUAGCAAAAAUGGAUCUGACUCAGAGAGAAGUCCCGAAAGUGGGCCGAUGCUUCUCGAUGUUCUUGAAGGAUAUUUAAAAUUUGAGAAUUUAUCGCAAGGAAGGAUGCCUGGAAGGAGAAUAAUUAACCCGGAGACUGACUCAGUAUCAAACACAGAAUCUAGAAACAUCCGGAGGCCGUCAUCUUCCUCUGCUGUUGGAGGUUUGCCUCCAUUAGGAAGGCCUGUCGUAGCUAUGCAGUCAUCAGAUCGAAGAUUGGGUUCUUCGGUACCGAAUUUUCGGAAGGAUGAGUACAACUGGAGAUAUGAUGCUGAUGAUAUUUCUGAGGAGGUGAUUCGAGCAUCAAAUGCUUUAGAGCACAUUCAACUGGACAGAAAACCUCGGAACUUAACUACAUCUUGGAGGCACGCCGGUGAUGGUAUUAUGGAGGACGAUGCUAAAGCCGAUCAUCGCUAAUGUCAAAUUUUCGGUUUGUUGCUCUAAUCCUAAUCCCUUUUCAUCUCUCUACUUGUGUGAAUGAUAUUAGAAUGUAUUGACUGGUCCUUGCAAGAUUAUUACUGCUGUUGGUUAGUUGGGUGCCUUCUCUUUGUUGCAAUUUAACUUCAGAUGGUCAUGUAAGCUGAUAAUUUGUGAUUUUUUUACGCAUGCCGAUUUUCCAUUCUCUAUAGGGAGCCAUCCAGGAAUCUCUAUGAUCAGUAUAACUAGCAAUAAGUUUGGAACAUCCUUAUAUAUGUGCAGCAUUUGUAUA